CUCUAUGUAGGGGGAAGUUCUGCGGAGAUGGAGUGGAAACUGGAGCGCACCGCCCCGCGGAGGGUCCGGACAGAAGAAGAGGUGCUGUGGGAGAAUGUCAUGCGGGUGUUUGCCAAAGACCUGAAAGAGAAGAGAAAUCCACGUUCUUCCAAGGUGUUUGAUGAAGUUAAGCCCACAUAUUCUAGCUUCAAGAGCAACUUUGUGAAGAGGCUGUCAGUGGAGGGUCCCAUUGCCAGUAGCCCAAUUACCACUAGAUGGCGGCAAAGCCAAACCAGGGAUCUGGCAGCCUGUUCCUUUGGGGAAGAGCUUUCUACCACUUACCUCCCAGAAGAUUCUGGAUCCGUGCUGAAGAUAACGCCUGAGAAAGAGACUUUGAUUCUAGGAUCCUACCAAGAACCACUCCAGACACCCAUCAAAGGGAUUUUCGAAACAAGUAACUCUUUCCAUUUUUGCAAGGAAGCUCAUGCGACGGACAGAGACUGGAAUGAAACCGUUGCCUCAAAAGGCCGGAAAUGCCUAAACCAGCUAUUUUCGACCCAGAAGGUGGCUCAGUGGCUUAGUGGGCAAAUGCAGCUCUGUGAACAAUCCCAGUGUGCCUGGAAAGGCUGCAGAGAUGGAGUCAGAGAUGAAUCCUUCUAUCUUAAAAGAUUCAAGAAUCUAGACUAUUCCAUACUCCAACCAGAAGUGAAGAUUCAUCUUACUGGUCUUCGAAAUGACUAUUAUCUGAAUACUCUAGAUUGGAAUUUUCAAAAUCUAGUUGCUAUAGCUCUUGGAUCCUCUGCAUUCAUCUGGAAUGGGGAAAACUACAAUGUGACUGAAAAUAUAGAUCUACCUAUCAAUUGUAACUAUGUAUCUUCUGUGUCCUGGGUAAAAGACGGAACCUGCCUGGCAGUUGGCACCAGUGAGGGAGAAGUACAGUUAUGGGAUGUGGUAACUAAAAAGCGGCUGAGAAAUAUGCUUGGUCAUUUGUCGGUGGUUGGGGCUCUGAGCUGGAAUGACUGUAUUCUCAGCAGCGGGUCGAGGCUGGGCUGUGUUUAUCAUCAUGACGUUCGGGUCACCCAGCAUCACGUUGGAACGCUUCACCACAAGCAAGCUGUCUGUGCUCUCAAGUGGUCCCCUGAUGGCAGGCUGCUUUCCAGUGGCUGUAGUGAUGGACUGCUGACGAUAUGGCCCCAUGAUCCCGGUGCAAAAGCCCAGGUUCAACCCCUGAAAGUCAUAGCCCAACCUACAGCAGUCAAGGCCAUGGAUUGGUGUCCUUGGCAGUCUGCAGUCCUUGCUGUUGGAGGCGGCAUGGAAGAUGGACACUUACGUGUCUUGGACAUAAAUACUGGGCAAAGCAUCCAGACCCCAAGCACAGACUCACAGAUUUGUUCCCUAAUCUGGCUACCUAAGACAAGGGAGAUUGCAAGCGGCCAAGGUAGUCCCAAGAAUGAUGUGACUGUGUGGGCCUGUCCUGGUCUGACCAGGUCACGUGGAUUUUUGGGCCACAGAGGCAGAGUGCUGCACCUGGCUUUGAGUCCAGACCAGACCCGAGUGGUUUCUGCUUCAGCAGAUGGCACAGCCUGUGUAUGGAGCUGCUGUCACUCAGCAACUCCAUGAGCUCCAGCUUCCUCACUUCAAAGUGGGAAUAAUGACAGUGGCCUUCUCUUCUCCACGGGUUUGUUGUGACUAUCAAACUGGAUGACGUGCUUUUCCUGAGGUGAAUGUUCUUGUGACCUUUCUUCUCAGGCUUAUUUGCUCUGCUUCCUCCUGUUCCAUUCCCUGAUACUAUCUUUGCCUCUUCUCUAUUUUCCCCUCCCUCAUUCUCCUCUUCUCCUUCCUUCUUUUUCUUGUUUUCUAUCUCUUCCUGGUUAGGGAUGCAUUUCCACUGUGAUAGCAGAGAUUUCUACAGCAGAGAUUUCCAAACACCUUUUCCCCUCUUGACUUUUCUCCCAAUCUCCAGUCUCAUAUUUCUUUCUGACUCUAGAUAUUUCCUUUCUGAGAUCCUUUUCUGUUUUAGCUUAAACCAACUACAUUAAAAACAUCCCUUAUUCACUUGAAAAAUAUUGGUUAAAAUCCCACUAUAUGCUAAGCAGUAUGUUAAGCAUGCCCAUUAUUUCCUCUCAAAAUGAGAUCCCCUGUAGAACUCCCUUGUCCCUCUCCCUGCUCUCAUCCCUAUCUUGGUCAACCCAUCAUCCAGGGAACCUCCUGAUUAUUCCAUUCCAUGCUUAAUCUGCUCACACCUUGUUCUCUUCUGUUUCAUUCUAGUCAUGUCCUGAAUACCUGAUGACCACUUCAUUGUAAUUCCUUCUGUUUUUCUCUCUUUAUUCUUCAUGGGUCUCCACCACACAGUUAGGCUACAUUUCUAAAAGUAUGGUCGUGAUCUUCUCAGCCCCUGCUCAGAAACUCCCAAUGACUCCCUAUUACAUAGAGCCCUCACCUCAACCUUAGGGUCCUGAGCCCUAGAACUGCCAUAGACCUACUGAGCAAACUUGCAUGUGGUCAUAACACUUAACAAGAAUAGGACUUUGGAUUUGAUAAUUGCUAAGUUUUUUUUAAGUCUCGAUCAGGCCACUGUUCUCUCUCUCUCUUUUUUAAAGUAGGCUCCAUGCCCAGUGUGGAACACAACGUGGGGCCUGAACUCCACAACUUUGAGAUCAAAACCAGAACUGAGAUCAAGAGUCAGACUCUUAAUGGACUGGCCACCCAGCGCACAUGUUCUUUAAAAAACUUUUAAAAAAAAGAUUUAAUUUAUUUAUUUGACAGAGAGAGAUCACAAGUAGGCAGAGAGGCAGGCAGAGAGAGAGGAAGGGGAGCAGGCUCCCUGCUGAGCAGAGAGCCCAAAGCGGUGCUCAAUCCCAGGACCCUGAGAUCAUGACCUGAGCCGAAGGCAGAGGCUUAACCCUCUGAGCCACCCAGGCGCCCCAUCUUUUAAUGUUAAUCCUUGCUCAUUUCCUGUGUUAAACCUGGGCUAGGUAUUUUGAUUUCCUGCCUUUGUGCUUUUGUCAGAGCUUUUCUUCUAGUCUGGAAUUUCUACUACUCUCUUCCUUUUCUUUGUUCAUCAAAGUCUUAACCUCUCUAGGAAGUGUUUUGAGACGAUGUUACUUGGGUUUGAAUUCUUGGCAUCAGUCUAUACCAUCCACUUGAACAUUUCUUGUACCCUAAAGACUUCCCUGUACCUACUCUUUGUCAACACCUUUCCAUUAUUCUGACCUCUGCACUAUACUUUUGUUUUAUGCAGAUAAAUGGAAUCACAUCUUUUAUAUUCUUUUUGACUUCUUUCACUCGCUACUAAGCUUAUAAUAUUAAUUCAUGUUGUUACAUGUAACUGUAGGAUUUUCUUUUUCAUUGCUGUGUAAUAUUCUCACAUAUAAAUGUAUGACAAUCGUCAAUCCAUCUUACUGUGGAUAAAUAUUUGAGCUAUUUUCCAUUUUGACUUUAAGAAUAAAGUUGUGGGGCACCUGGGUGGCUCAGUUGGUUAAGCAUCUGACUGUUGAUUUUGGCUCCCGUUAUGAUCUCAAGGUCGUGAAAUCAAGCCCUUUGUCAGGCCCUGUACUCAGUGGGGAGUCUGUUUGAGAGUAUCCCUUUGCCCCUCCCC